AUGCUUGGCCAGAACUUUGGGACACUGAAGCUGCCGGUGAAGCCAGAUGCCUUCUUCUUGGACGAGUUGACUCCUCAGUCAGAGACGCCGACAGAGCCGAGUGACCCGACGGAGGCGCAGACCCCUGACUCCGACUUUGGCUUCUCAGAGAUGUGGGCCUUGGGCGCAAGGAGCCCCCGCUGCUCCUACCACGACUACUCCAGGGGCCGCGAGCUUCCGCAGGACACGCCAUUGUCACCCAACCGCUUGCUGCACGAGUACGGGAAGCACAACCUGAACGUCUUCCUCAAAGGCGUGGAGCGUGCUCCGCGCAAGCUGCGGCACGCGGUGCGGGAGAAGCGCGAACGAGAUCUCAGCGACGCUGAGACCUCGAAGGCCAAGAGCUCCCAGCUCACUUCGGCAUGGGAGUACUUAGCGCAGGGCCUGCGGUGGUCCAAAGGGCGGUGA